CGUUCGCGCGCCGUUCAGUCAGUCUGCGACGAAACCUUCAAGUGUUAGCAACACAGCCAAACAGCAGCGCGUCAGCCAGAGCAACGAGUUUUACUCCCAAAACAAUCACCAAGCGAGCCGAAUCAAGUGUUCGAUUUUAGUUUUAUUUCUGUACGCGCAUCAUUAUUACUCGACAGUCUGUCUGUCUGCUAGUGAGACGACGCGCACGCGUACACCCGAACAACGUCACUUGGCGUAUUCAACGGCAGCAUACGCGAGCACCACACACUCGCAUACACCGGAAACAGCAUAGAUGUGUAAUUAAAGUUGGCUAAACGAGCGAACGCCAACAAAAGCAAACACAUACAAAGAGACACUUGAACAGCGACAAAAUGGACGACAUGAACGCCGACAGCAGUAAUUUCAAACACGACGACAACAACACCACAGGCAUGAGCAUGAACAUGCACAGCAACAGCGACGACAUGGUUCGGCAAUCCGAAUCACCCGCACGCACAAUCGAUUCGCACGACUCCACUGUCGACAGCAUGGACACGAUUGUAGAUCGCAGCGUCAAUCGCGAGGAGCUCAUGCAUGCCGCCAUCGCGCAGAGCUUGAACACGACGAAUGCACAGCAUGACAGCCUCACCAACUCGCAGAAAUCCAUAUUGCAACGCAACAGCAGCACCGGCUGCAGUGACACCGAUGAGCAUCAGCAACAAAUGAGCCAACAAAAGCAACAAUUGCAAGCAGACACACAAAGUCACAUCUACUCCAGUCCUGUGUACGACCAGAAGCCACCGCUGAAGUUGACGGCAGCCACAUUGGUCGCCACGGUGGCAGCUAACAACGCGGACAAUGGCAAAAGCGCCGCUGGCGAUGACACAAAGAAGCCGAAAUUGAUGACACACGAGGAGUUCCAACAACAAUUGCAGGCAGCAAUCGCCUCGCGUGCCAACACACUCGAUUCGCGUAUUAGCAAGAAGCAGCGCUUUCCACCGGAAUUGAUUAAAAUCAAAGAUGGCGACGGCAGCUCAUCGAAUUCGGCGAAAGCGGCGAAAUUUCACAGACGUGCCAAGUCCAGCGCUGAUUGCAGUUCGGCAUUUCCAUGGCAAAUUGUUUUGGGCACAUUGCAGCUAAUGUUGGCCAUUACGUUGGUGGCGCUUGGUUCAUUGUUGAUUGUGCGCGAAGCGGCGCUCUCCACGGCGGGCUGUGGUAUUUGGACUGGCCUGGUUGCGGCCAUCACUGGUUCGCUGGGUGUAGUGAGCAUACGGAAGACACAGACAGCGUUUCUGGCGUUAAGUUUGAUUUGCAUUGCGACGAGCACUUUGGCAUUGGCUGUCUCCGGUGUGGGACUCUCUAGAGAUGUCAAUCGCCUGGAGGAAGAGUUGGACCUGUUGAAUACAAAUAGUGAGAUAUCCGCCGCUUCCGGUCUAAUUUUGGCACUGUUUUUACACUUCGUCGUUAGUAUUGUAUCGGUGUACAGAUGUGCGCUGCAGAUAUGCUCCAGAAAUGAAAGUUCAGAAUUGCGAGAUGUUAUUAUUAGCUCUAAUACGCCCGGAGUUGCAUUGGAUCAAGAGAAGGUGGAUCAAUAUAUCAAAGCUAUGUCCUUAACUGGUAGUGAGAAGGAAAACGCUGAAAAAUUGGCAGCAAUGUGGAUGUACGCCGCGCAGAUGGGCAGCUCACGCAACUUAGCACAAACAGGCGGAAAUCGUCCGAUCAUGUUGAUACCGGCUGGUAGCACAACCAUGUUGGCCACACCGCCUCCACCUGUGCCGCCCAUGCCUGGUGCCAUGAUGAUGCCCGGCAUCCCAUACCGUCCGGCCAUGGCCUACACUCUGCCCUACAUGCGUCCAGGAUCAGUGAUUUACGCACCCACAGGCGCCGCACCCAAUGGUACUUACCGCACACAGAAGAGCAGCAAGUCAGCUGGACCACCAAAUCGACGUCGGCGCCCCGGACCACCACCGCUACGUUCGGGUAAAAUGGACGCCAAUCGCCGUCAGCGACGCAAAUCUGAGGCGGAUGUCAUCGACAAUGAGGCCUUUCAGUACACAGGGCUUGAUCGCGAUAUAGCUGACAAUUUCUUGGCGCGCCAAGAGCAGACGAACAGCCAACCGGGCAGUCACGUGGACUACUCGUCUUCGUCCACGACGGCCAGCGAGACAUAUGGCAAGCAGCGUUCCCGUUCAUCAUCCAAAACGAAAAUUGUUUGCCGCGAUGUGGUGAUGUAGAUGAGUUCGUGAGGAAUUGAGCGGUGUGGUUUAGUGUCGAGUCGAGUCAUUCUGACGGAUUAUACUGCAUUGAUCCGGAGAACCGUUAAAUGAACAAUAAUACAUACCUAAUUACUACAAUUACUACAUAACUGUAUUAUAUGUAUGUCUUAUUUCAUAUUUGCUAUUGUAAAUAACUUUAUAUUAUAAACUUAUUCUUUAGUUUAUUCAACGAUGUAGCCUUGCGCAUGGGCAAGCCGCACAUUUCGUAUGUUGUACAAUAACUGUAGGUUUCAUAUAUUGAUAUAAAAAUAAAUGUAUGCAUGUAUACGUAUUAGAAAAACA